AGAAGAAAGAAAAAAAGAAGGGUAUUGUAUCUCCAAUAUAUAGUCCAGGUUCAGGUAUGUUACACGUGGAGUAUCUGAUUUGUUUUUUAGUAUAAUCGAAUUUGCCAAUUUGAAUUCACACACACAAACACACACUUUCUCUCUCUAUCUCUCUCUCUCUCUAACUCUCCCUCGAUCCAUGGAAUUCCCUCCGCCAUAAUCUACCAAUCCCAAACUUCCCUUUUCCCCCAAAACUCUGAUUUCCAUUUCUUCAAAUGGGCCACACUACUAUUGUUUCAUCAGAUCUCACUACUCCACUCAAUCCCACCACCGCCACCACAACAACAAUGGAUCCCUCCUCCGCCGCCGCCGCCGCCGGAAAAUCCUACUGGCGUUUCACCAAACAGGAUUUCUUCCCCGAACCCACCUUCCAAAACUUCUCCACCUACCUCUCCGCCCUCUCCAAAACCCCCCACCGCCUCAAGGACCGCCUGACCGGCCGCUCCUCCGACGCCGACGAGCUCGUCCGGUCAAAGCUGCAAUCGGAGAACGAGAUGAAGAAGUGCCUCACGUGGUGGGACCUCAUCUGGCUCGGCUUCGGCUCCGUCGUCGGAUCCGGAAUCUUCAGCAUCACCGGCCAAGAGACCCACAACCACGCCGGACCCGCCAUCGUCCUCUCCUACGCCGUCUCCGGUCUCUCCGCCCUACUCUCCGUCUUCUGCUACACUGAAUUCGCCGUCGAGAUCCCAAUCGCCGGCGGCUCCUUCUCCUACCUCCGCGUCGAAUUGGGCGAUUUCAUCGCAUUCAUCGCCGCCGGGAAUAUUCUGCUAGAGGGCCUCGUCGGCGCCGCAGGUUUGGGCCGUUCUUGGUCUUCCUAUUUCGCUAGCAUUAUUAAGAGCAACCCCGAUUUCUUGCGAAUCAAAAUCGAAUCUUUCGCCGAAGGGUUCAAUCUGUUGGAUCCACUAGCCGUGGUGGUCUUGCUCGUUGUGAACGGAAUCGCCAUGACAGGUACAAAGAGAACCUCAAUGCUGAACUGGAUCAGCUCGAUUUUCGGCGUCGCCGUAAUUAUAUUCAUCAUAAUCUUCGGCUUCGUCCAUGGCGAAACCGAUAAUUUGGUGCCGUUUUUCCCCUACGGAGCAGAAGGCGUCUUCACCGCAGCCGCAGUUGUUUACUGGUCGUACACUGGUUUCGACAUGGUGGCGAAUAUGGCCGAAGAGGUGAAGAAGCCCUCGAGGGAUAUUCCGAUAGGAUUAGUCGGGUCAAUGUCGUUAAUCACCGUAGUUUACUGCCUAAUGGCGUUAGCUUUGUCAAUGAUGGUUAAGUACACGGAGGUCGAUGUUAACGCGGCAUAUUCGGUUGUGUUCGAGAAAAUCGGAAUGAAAUGGGCAAAGUAUUUGGUGAGCAUUGUUGCUCUAAAAGGGAUGACCACGAGCAUGCUCGUCGGCUCAAUGGGCCAAGCCCGAUACACGACCCAAAUAGCCCGGGCCCACAUGAUUCCUCCCUACUUCGCGUUGGUUCAUCCGAAAACCGGUACUCCGAUUUACGCAACUCUUUUAAUAACCACGGGUAGUUGCAUUCUUGCAUUCUUCUCGAGUUUGGAUGUUUUGUCCAGCGUUUUGUCUUUUAGCACGCUAUUUAUUUUCAUGCUAAUGGCGGUUGCAUUGCUCGUGAGGAGGUACUAUGUUAAGGAUGUUACGCCGAAGGGCGACGUGGUUAAGUUUAUCGUGUCGUUGUUUGUUAUAUUCGGUUCGUCACUUUGUGUGACGAUUCUUUGGAGUUCGAAUUAUAGGGGGUGGGUAGGGUACAGUGUGUCGGGCGGACUUUGGGGUUUGAGUACUUUAGGUAUGGGGUUGACUUCGAAGCAUAGGACCCCCGCUGUUUGGGGGGUCCCGCUUGUUCCGUUAUUGCCCUCUUUAUCGAUCGGUAUGAAUAUUUUCCUUAUAGGGUCGCUCGGUGCGGUGGCGAUUUGGAGGUUUUUCAUAUGUAGCGCGAUAAUGAUGGUUUACUAUGUAUUGGCCGGUGUUCAUGCCACGUAUGACGUGGCACACAUGAAUCAAGAACAAGUGAAACUUGAAGAGGGAGAUGGUGAUCUCAAUAAAGGGGCUUUGUAGUAAUCGGCAGCCGGUUUACGGUUUGUUUUCAGUUAGUUGUAGUUUUUGGGGCUUAGGUUUUUUUUUUUUUUUUUUUUUUUUUAUUGUAUAGCUUAAUGAGUUUCGGUGAUGAGUUGAUUUUUUCUUAAUCAUUUCGAUUUUGGUGGUAUUUAUUUAUCAACUCAUUUUUUCUAUGUAGUUCGUGUUGUUUGUCGUAUCAGUGUUAUAUUUUCCAUUUGGACUAUUGAACGAAUCAUCGGUGUAUAGUUGAAUAGGCGUUUGUUGUGCAGUUUGAUGCUCUAGUGUCUGAGUGUUGAUUUUAUAAAUUACGACACGAAUUGGUAGGAAGCUCCGAAUUCUUUUAUGAGGAUCUUUGGAAUAUGAUGCAUAACUUCAACAAAGUAAUGGUUGACUUUUGGUAUCGGGAGCUUAAUAGUUUAGCUGAUGCGCUUGCAAAGAAGGCAGGCGACUUUUCUAGAAGACGAUGAAACUUUGUUUUUCGACUCUUGUCCUCCUCACUUCCUCGCGAAUCUUUUGUGUAAUGAUCUUCUAUCUGAAUAUUCUACAUGUACUGCGGAUCCAUGUAGACGCGUCGUGGUUUUGAUGUAAUGAUAUGCUAUCUUUUGUUCUGAAGGAAAAAAUAACACCAAUGGUAGGUAAUGUAUUGAAAUUC